AUGGAAGUCGAACAAAAGAUCACUAUAUCCACACAGAAAUUCAAAAAACUGGUACUUAGCGAAACCAAACAAUUGUCACCGCAACCGCCACGCAAAGAACUGAAUUUGUUAUGGGCGUCAACAAAAAUGAUAUUAGAACGAGAUGGGUUACUUCAAGAAGACUCCAACGGCGACCAGAAGCUCAAACGCGAAGAGAAGCUUCAACAACAGAAAAAGCAAAUCCAAGAGACACAACUCCAAGCGGAAGCAAACAACAAAUUGAUUCAAGACACUCUCAUUGCUUUAGCGAAUAGAGUGAAUAACACAAAAAAGAUUGAGAGUAUCGGGACACAAGAGAUAACAGUACAAGAUGCUAUUAGUCUUGAAUAUGCUCUUCAACUCAUCAAGACGAUGAACGAGAUGAAUAAAGAAUCACUCAACCAACUCAAGAAAAUCGAGACGGUGAAGUCUCUAGGUGAGACUGUGACACGGGAUAGUUGUAGUAUUGCCCCUUCAAGACAUCAAAUGUCUCUUGAACUCAAUUGA